GUUAAGCAACAGCAGUUUCCGUUGCCUUAGUACGCGGAAAAGAAUCAGCCGGGAGCCCUGACUAAUCUUUCUUAGGAUCCCCCCCUCCCCCCAACACAAACUCCAAACUGAACUAUCAUUUGGGGGGCGGCGGAACCAAUCUUCUUCAGCUGAGGGGGUACACCGGAACAGUCGGGGAGCAGGAUUGGUGGUGCGCCAACUAACGGAGAUCGCUUCCUUCCUUAGUUCUCCGUAGGUACUUUUCCCUGACCUGUCGGCCGCUCUGGCACCCGGUCCGCCCCCACUUUGUUUCCUUCACAGCCAUGCAGCCCUACAUGGUCAACAUCAAGCUGUCGGCCCGGACCCUCACCGGGGCGCUCAACCCGCAGAACCGAGGGGCGGCCGACUGGGGCUGGCAAGGGUUGAUUGCAUAUGGAUGCCAUUCUCUCGUUCUGGUUAUUGAUUCCAAGACUGCCCAGACCCUACAGGUUUUGGAAAGGCACAAAGCUAACGUUGUCAAGGUUAAAUGGGCUAAGGAAAACUACCAUCACAAUAUUGGAUCCCCUUAUUCUUUGCGCUUGGCUUCUGCUGAUGCCACUGGAAAGAUCAUUGUUUGGGAUGUUGCUACAGGAGCUGCUCGCUGUGAAAUACAAGAGCACACAAAACCCAUUCAAGACAUGCAGUGGCUGUGGAAUCAGGAUGCCUCUCGAGAUCUUCUCCUUGCAGUUCACCCACCAAAUUACAUAGUGUUAUGGAAUGCAGAUACUGGCACAAAACUCUGGAAGAAAAGUUAUGCAGAAAACAUCCUUUCUUUUUCGUUCGAUCCCUUUGAUCCUUCAAAUUUGACAUUGCUUACAAGUGAGGGAAUAGUGUUCAUUUCGGACUUCUCUCCUUCCAAGGCUCCUGUCAGUUCAGGGAAAAAGGUUUACAUUUCCAGCCCUCGUUCUAGUCCUGUUCAUAACAAGCUGGUAUCUGCUGCAGGGGCUAAAAAGGCCCUGGACAAAGUAAAAAUUCUCAUCACUAAUGAAAAACCAAGUGCUGAAUCAGUAACACUGAAUGACUGCCUUCAGCUAUCCUACCUGCCUUCCAAGCGAAACUACAUGUUGUUACUCUACCCAAGAGAAAUCUUGAUUCUUGACCUUGAAGUAAACCAGACAGUAGGUGUGAUAGCAAUUGAAAGAACAGGAGUGCCUUUCCUCCAGGUAAUCCCAUGUUUUCAGCGUGAUGGGUUGUUUUGCCUGCAUGAAAAUGGCUGUAUAACUUUGAGAGUUCGCAGAUCUGUUGGUUGCAUAAACAGUACAUUAAAUGACGAUCCAGAACCUGACCCCAUUCAGGAGCUGGUCUAUGACUUACGAAGUCAGUGUGAUGCCAUCAGAGUUACCAAGACCGUUCGCCCCUUCACUAUGGUGUGCUGUCCUGUGAAUGAAAAUUCUGCAGCUCUCAUAGUCAGUGAUGGUAGAGUAAUGAUAUGGGAGCUGAAGUCCACCAUUUCAGGCCGAAGUCAACGGACUAGCAAUUCAACUGCAUCACCUUUGUACUCGCCGGUCUCAUUCUGUGGAAUACCUGUUGGGGCAUCUCAGAAUAAACUUCCGGACCUGUCACUGGAUAAUAUGAUAGGGCAAGGCACACUUUCUACCGAAGAGCAGCAAAAAAGUUACUGUUUGCAAGAAGUGCAUUUAAAGUUCCUGCUAACAGGGCUUCUUUCGGGACUCCCUUUGCCUCCCUUUGCUAUCCGCAUGUGCCCACCUCUUACCACAAAAAACUUAAAACAGUAUCAGCCUCUCCUUGCUGUCGGAACAAGCAAUGGCUCGGUCUUGGUGUAUAACCUUACCAGUGGGCUCCUACACAAAGAGUUAAGCAUUCAUUCCUGCGAAGUCAAGGGCAUUGAGUGGACAAGCUUGAGUGGCUUCCUUUCCUUUGCCACAUCGACUCCUAAUAAUCUGGGGCAGGUGAGAAACGAGCUGCAGUUGGUUGAUCUUCCCACAGGUAGAAGCAUUGCAUUUCGUGGCGAACGAGGCAGUGAUGAACCAGCCAUUGAAAUGAUAAAGGUGUCUCACUUGAAACAGUAUUUGGCAGUAGUAUUUAAAGACAAACCUCUAGAAUUAUGGGAUAUCAGGACUUGUACUCUUCUCAGAGAAAUGUCAAAGAACUUCCCUACAAUUACUGCUUUGGAAUGGUCGCCUUCUCACAACUUGAAGAGCUUAAGAAAAAAGCAGCUUGCAGCCCGUGAAGCUAUGGCCCGGCAAACAGUGGUAUCAGAUACAGAACAGAGCAGUUUGGAGUCAUCGGUUAUCAGUUUAUUGCAGGAAGCUGAGAGUAAAUCGGAGCUGAGCCAGAACAUUUCUGCUCGGGAACACUUCGUGUUUACAGAUACUGAUGGACAAGUUUAUCACUUGACAGUAGAAGGGAAUUCUGUCAAAGACAGUGCAAGAAUUCCACCUGAUGGAAGCAUGGGCAGCAUAACAUGCAUCGCGUGGAAAGGAGAUAUCUUGGUCCUGGGAGAUGUUGAUGGAAAUUUGAACUUUUGGGACUUAAAAGCCAGAGUAUCCAGGGGCAUCCCCACACACCGAGGCUGGGUGAGGAAGAUACGCUUCGCCCCUGGAAAAGGAAACCAAAAGCUAAUAGCAAUGUACAAUGAUGGAGCUGAAGUUUGGGACACAAAGGAGGUACAGAUGGUGAACAGCUUAAGAACUGGAAGAAAUGUCAAUUUUAGAGUACUUGAUGUUGACUGGUGUACCUCUGAUAAAGUGAUCUUGGCAUCAGAUGAUGGCUGCAUCAGAGUGCUAGAGAUGUCAAUGAAAUCAGCAUGUUUUAGAAUGGAUGAGCAGGAGUUAACAGAACCUGUGUGGUGCCCAUAUCUACUUGUUCCAAGAGCUUCCUUAGCAUUGAAAGCAUUUUUGCUACACCAACCAUGGAACAAUAAAUACUCUCUUGAUAUUUCACAUAUAAAUUAUCCAGAGAAUGAAAGUGUUAAAAAUCUGCUACAGGAACAGUUGCAUUCACUGUCAAAUGACAUCAAGAAACUUUUGCUUGAUCCAGAGUUCACCCUCUUGCAACGAUGUCUAUUGGUUUCAAGGCUGUAUGGAGAUGAAUCUGAGCUGCAUUUCUGGACUGCUGCCGCCCAUUAUUUGCAUACUUUUUCCCGGGGGAAACCAUUAACUGUAAAAGCAGAAGACACACUGAUUCCUCAAGGAAAAUGGAUCAAUCCACUAGAUAUAUGUUAUGAUAUACUGUGUGAAAAUUCUUAUUUCCAGAAAUUCCAGCUUGAAAGGGUCAAUCUCCAAGAAGUUAAGAGAUCAAAUUACGACCACACCAAAAAAUGCACUGACCAGCUGCUGCUUUUGGGACAGACUGACAGAGCUGUACAGUUGCUUCUGGAGACAAGUGCCGAGAAUCCCUAUUACUACUGUGAUUCCUUAAAGGCAUGUCUGGUCACAACAGUCACUUCCUCGGGUCCUUCCCAAAGUACUAUUAAAUUGGUAGCGACCAACAUGAUUGCAAAUGGAAAGCUGGCAGAGGGGGUCCAGUUACUGUGUUUAAUAGAUAAAGCUGCUGAUGCCUGUCGUUACCUGCAGACCUACGGUGAAUGGAAUCGAGCAGCAUGGCUUGCAAAAGUUCGUCUGAAUCCAGAGGAGUGUGCUGAUGUGUUCAAGCGUUGGGUUGAUCACCUUUGUUCUCCACAAAUCAAUCAGAAAUCCAAGGCCAUCCUUGUCCUCCUUUCCCUGGGUUGCUUCGUGAGAGUUGCAGAGAUGUUGCACAGCAUGAGGUAUUUUGACAGGGCAGCCUUGUUUGUUGAAGCUUGUCUCAACUAUGGCACAAUUGAAGUCAACGAAGAUGCAAAAAAACUCAUCCAUGCAAUAUUUGCAGACUAUGCCAGAAGCCUGAAGACUCUGGGGUUUAAACAGGCUGCCACUUUAUUUGCCUCAAAAGCGGGACCAGCUGGUAAAGAUCUAUUGAAUGAACUUGAACAGCUGAAAGAAGAAGAAUGACAGCUCUUAAGCGAACCACUAAAACCUGAGAUUUCCCAUCAGAUGUAGUCAUCAGUGAAGUAACUCUUUUAAAAGACAAUGAAGGUGGCUUCUUUAUGGUGAAAAAUACAGUUUGGUCACAGUAGAAAUUGGAAAUGCUGAAUGUCAUCUGUGGACAGAAUUUUCUCCUAAUUUGUAGAGAUAAUGAGUUAAGGAAAUGUCUGCAUUUCUCUUAAACCAAAAUUCAAGUGCUCAUAAUAACUUUUAGCUACUUAAGGUAAAGAAAUGAUUCCUCUUCUGGUGUCUUUGAAUGAAAAGUACAGAGCCAGGAGCAGUCCAACAUUUUGCAACCCCCAUGCACCCAUAUCACAUGAUCUGACAUUUCCAGCAGAAUCUCUUGCAAUGAUGCAGAUGAUAUUGGGACUCAGUCCUGCACUCUAGCAUCCUCUGUGGCUUUGUGAAAGGGAGCAUACAUUUCAGUUUGUACACUGCUUCACUCGCUCUGCUAAAUAUAUCACUGCUUCAAGCAACAUCUAAGCAGCUUGCUCACUUGAUACUGGAGAUGACCUGGUAUUUCAUCUCAAAGUGAGCAUCUUCAAAAAGGGGGAGACUCUUUCACCCAAAAGCACAGGAGCUAUGCAAUUCCCAGAGCUUGUCUGACCAUUUUUCCUUACCAGUUGAGGAAAAGCUUGGACAGGAUUCCGUUUUAAAGCAUGAUCUCUGUCUAUGUCUUCCUUCACCCCACAUGACUAGUAAGCCCUGCUGUGGACUUGCUUGCUGCCACUUGGAUGAGAAAAUGUGUGAUGGGAUCCUGCAUGAGCUUUAGCACCUUGUUGGGAUGCUUCCCAAGCAUUGUCAGACAAGCUCUGGAAUUUCCCAAGUUCUUGCUGUGAAGGAGCCCAGCAAGAGACAUAGAUGAAAUUUCAAGUGGACUUGAAUAAAAAACAUAUGAACCCUGCCGGAUCAGACCAAAGACCUACCAUCUGGCCCAGCAUCCUGUUUUCCACAGUGGUCAACCAGAUGCCUAUGGGAAGCCCACAAGCAGGGCAUGAGUGCAAAAGUCCAUUUCAUGCUGGACGUUUAUGCAGAAGUCCCCUCAUGCUGCCUCUGAUUCUGGAGGUUGUAUAUGGUUAUCGUGACUCCUGGUCAUAAUAGCUUUACCCUCCUUUUGUCCGAUCCUCCUUUAAAGCUGCUCAUUUUGCAAAUAAAACUAAAAAUGAGAGUAUGCUCUCAUGUACAUUUUACUGAGCUCUCUUGGCUAUUUUAAAUAAACCUAUAAUCCUAACCUAGUUUAAAUGAAACCGAGGUUAAACUUCUGCCAGUUGCAUAAUGUUGUUUUCUGUUGGGAACUGGGAUGGGGGCCCUUUUUCAGAGCCACAUUUCCCUGUGGGGGCAGCCUUGUGUGGCCUGCAUGCCAGUGGUUGGUGGGGCCCAAGGCCCGUAGUAGGUGGAGCAACAAAUAAAACUCUUACCUUCUGUAGUGCAGUCUACAUUGCAGUCGUGUGAAAGCCCCACUCCAGCUCUUCUGUCCUUGAUCCUACAAGCAAGAAACAUUAUCAAAGUUCAAGGGCUCUUUUUUCGAAUUUUUUAUGUGUGUUUUCUUUACAGACUAUAUAAAUUUUAUGAAAUAAAUUCCCACCAGACAAAACCACUCAAGGUAGCAGGCCAGUGAGGGUCUUGGCCUGAGGAAACCUCUAAGGGCCAGAGAGGCUUAGGGGACACAUUCAACCUACAGCUUGUAGGUUUAGGAAGAAAGCACACUUCUAUUAUUCUAAUUCUUUAUUUCUCAAUUUGUAUAUUGGGCAUUAUGUGUGUGUUUAAUUGCACGCUCAAAUACAUUCUGAUCACGGCCUGGUCUCUCUGUGUUGAGGCUGCCAUCCCAUUCUGUAUACAUUAAAGCUUUAUUAAUGAAAAAUAAUGUAUAUUUUUAAAUAUUUUAUGCAGCGUUUCUCCUCCAGAAAAUCAGCAUGGGUUUUCAUCAUCACUGUGGCACAAUAUAUAUGGCUUCCUGAAUCGCUUUGGUUCCACGGAGGUAUCUAUGGGUUCUGUUUUUAUAAGUAUGCAUCUUCAAUGGAAGGAAGCACACAAAAGUUUCCUCCUUUUCGACUGAUGAUCUAAUCUAAUAUAAUGGGUAUACUGUGCUUAAAAUGUAUAGCUGCAGUACAGUACCAAAUUCCAUGAUGCACUCACUCAUUCUUAGAGCAGAAAAAGGUGUUAUCACUUUGGGACAGCUUCCCCCUACAUCAUUCUUGAUAGUAGGAGAUAGUCGUAAAUAGUAGUAAAUCAUUCAGUGAGAGCAAAUGUAUAUUUCACAAGCAAGCACCCUAUGGGUGGGGAUGGAGAGUCAGAAAUGAGCAAACACAUGAAGACUUUAUAAAACUACAGCCUUGGGAGGAAGAUUCCCUACCUACAUGGGCUUCAUAAUAAUAAAAUAGUAAUGCAGAGUACAAGAAAACAGGGGGAAAAUGCACAUUUGGGAUUUGGUUAUUUAAACUUGCCCAUAUUAUUUUGUUCAUUGUGUUAAUUAUAAGGGUGUAUUGUCAGGAUCUAUUUGCAUUCCAUGAUUUUAUAAUUUCACUUAUGACUUGCACUUAGAAAUGGGUUCUAGGUCUUCAAACACAACUUUGUUUGCCAGUUUAAACAAAUCAGUUAAUUGUGCAAUACUGAUGGAUUGAUGUGAAACCAGUGUUUCUGCUUUGGAUCACAGCAACCACACAGACGGCUGCAUUGCCUUUAACAGCUAAUGCCACUUUGGCACAGCGAAGGGCGAAAUGAAAUAUCUUACCAAAGGAAGAACAACAAAAUGACCCCUUUUCAAGUUCUCGUGAGAGAAAUGCUCAUGUUGGUUGGAUUUUCGACUUCUCUGGGAACUGGAUUAUUGGUUUCUGGCAAUGUGUAAUGUGCACUGAACUGUGGAUUCAUUUAACUGUAUUUUGAAUGUCUCCUUUGACUCCUUUUCAUACAGAUUGCUUCAUAGGAUCUGUGCAGUAGAGGAUAUUCUGAUGCCGCCUCUUUCAUCAAGUUGUGAUUUCAAAAUUGUUAGAAUUUUAGACUGAGAAUAGUCUUACUCAUAUCCUCAGACUUCUUGAAAUACAGGGAGUCUUUGCAAUGGUUGAAAGGCUGUUGUGGUUAACAAGGCUGUUUGAGUGGCCUGCCUUCUGUGCUAGUGCUAAACAGUAGUGUUAGCCACUUGAAGACAUCCUAAAACUAUGCUAGGUACUAUAUACCAUGGCUAAGUAGAGAUCUGUUCAAAACCCAUUUAUGAUGUCUGGAAGCAAAAUGGCCAUAAGCUGUAGAAAUGUAUGAAGAUGCUUGCUUACAGAUAUUCUCAGCCUGCAAGACCUAUCCCAUUCAUUCACUGUAUCUGACAGGAAUUGUAAAAGUCUGGGUGGAGGGAUAUCACUAAUUUCGACUGAAGCAUCAGAUCUGUGGGCAUCUCCUUCCACAUGCAUGAAAAUGCUGUGUUCAUUGGAAUUAAUAGGGCAGCUCACAGGAGAAAUACCUCUAUCAGAAAAAACACAGGUCUAGGAUAUGAUGACUGCAUUUUUAUUUCUUUGGUUCACAGUGACAUCCCCCCCCCCCAAAAAAAAUAAUCUAUUUUUUUGUAUUGCGGGUCAAGUUAUCUCUUAGAAAUACUGGCUGGGGGAAAAACAUGAUUAUAUGUUAUUUGUGCUCAUGAAAGCUGGUCAAUUCAAAAUAGUGCUUGUUGAGUGAAUAAUGUUCAGAAAACUGAUUAUCCUGAUUUUGAUAAUUUACUCAUUUGCUAGCGGUUUGUCAAUAUUCAUAAUUUUUGUAGUCUAUUUUUUCCAUAUAUCUUCCAGUCUCUUAAAUUUGCUUUCCCUUUCUUUUCUCCUCCUUAUGAAAGACAUGUCCCUCUUUUUAGGACGCCUGUAAGAAACCCUUUUUAAUUCAAUUGACACACAAUUACUUAAAGUUGCUCAGUAGUCUCCAAAUUUGUGGACUUAUUAUUAUAAUGUCUUGAAGUGUUCUAGACAUCUUCCUCAACACAUUUCACUUGUCACAAUAUGCAUUCCUUUUAGACAAUACAGGAAGUGUGCAACUCCUGCCAACUCACUUUGGAAACACCUCGCGGGGUUUUGUGUGGUUUUUUUUAAAGUGUGCUACUGUCACAUCACUGCAUUCAGUGUCCGUGUCCCCUUGCAAGCUGUAGACAAAAACUUGAAGUGGGAUACAGGAAGGAGGUGCUAAACAUAAUAUUGCAUUGAAAGUCAACACAGCAAUGUCCUGGUCCAUUGGUAAAGAGAGAACAUGUAAUAACUUGGCCUUGGGUAAAUUCACAACAGAACUGGCUUGAGGCUUUAACUUUUAGGCUAAGUCACAUAACAUACUGCCAGCCAUGCUCUCAGUAGGCUCCAUCAUUAAGACAUGUAUAGCAGCAGCAGUCUUUUUGUAAAAACAAGGCUGUGCAUUUGCCACUCUAGAAUUUCACAAUAGUGAUAGUUAAUAUUUUUUAAAUCAGUACCAUCAUGUUUGGAAAUCGUUGACGUUGAGAGAAGUCUUACUUACAGUGGGUUUAUGUGCUCCACAGCAUGAUCUGGUGCAUGUUUACUCAGAUGUAAGCCCCACUGUGUUCAGCUAGGUCUACUCCCAACUAAAUAUGCACAGCAUUACAGCCUUAAAGUUUGUAUAUUUUUCACAAUAUGAAUUACCCCGUCAAUUCAUUGUACAAAGAUGGAACAAAUCAUUGUAAAAUGCUUUUUGUUGUUAAGUCAUGGAAAAGUUACUAAAAUUUAGUUUCAAAAUCAGUUAAGCGUGUUGUAAUCCUAGAAAUUGUGGGUGUACCCUGAUAUUGCACAGAGGUACUUAGUGAAAGUGUCAUUCACAUCACUGUGCCAUAAGCUUUGGUGUGUUAUAUCUGUUUUCGUCCAUCUGUAAGCCAUUGGCUGAGUUGCUGUGGUACCACAGAUGCAGGAAACUGUCAACACAGUGUUGACAAGCAAUGUUCUUCCUCAAAGAAAGAGAUCAGUUUGGGAGAAAGCAUACAGAGGCUAGGGACAGGAGCAAACAGGGAAGCUUUAGAACUGGAAAGUGCACAAACUACUUAAAACAUAAGAAUCAAUUGGAAUUUUUCUCCCUUCUACAAUGGCUACAUUGAACUCUCUUGCUGCCCCUGGUGGUGUGCAAAAGGUAUAGCAGGUGGGGAAAAUCAUUAUUAACAAUUCAGUUGCCUGGCCACAUGGAUCAUAUGAAAAUGAGCUUUCAUGUACUAAAUACUUUACACUUUCCUUUAUGCCCAAAUAUAUGCUGGCAGCAUGUAAUCACUCCCUUUUCUUCAAAAUAAGUGGAUAAAAUUCAUAACUGCAAGCGAGAGGGUUCUGUUGCUAUGAAAUGUAAAUAGAGAUUCCUCCGAAGGCAGGCUGGUGACAGGUUAAGUCAUUCUUUUCUAUUUCAAUUAUGCUUCACCUUUGAUCUAUUGGUUCUGACAAGCUGCCAUAAGAUUACUCUUCCUCACUGCAGAUCUUGGUGGGAGCAAAGUAUGGGAGGAAAUAUGUAUCCAGAUGAGGCUGAAAUGUGAUCAGACAUAUGAACACUGCUUGCAAUGGAAAGAACUGACCUUUCUCAGUUCUUACAUAGUGCGGAGCUGUCUUGAGUAACCCAUGAUGUGUUGUGUUACAGUUAGAUUGGAUGAAAUGGAAUGGCCAGAUACUAAAUUUAAAAAUUAAAUACCUCUCUUUCAAAUCAGAACCAGUGAAGGCAGUGAAUGUCCUGUGUGAGUGUCUGGAGGCGGUUGGAGGUUGGAUGGCGGCUAACAGAUUGAGGUUGAAUCCUGACAAGACAGAAGUACUGUUUGUGGGAGACAGGAGGCGGGCAGGUGGGGGGGGACUCCCUGGUCCUGAAUGGGGUAACUGUGCCCCUGAAGGACCAGGUCCGCAGCCUGAGAGUCAUUUUGGACUCACAGCUGUCCAUGGAGGCACAGGUUAAUUCUGUGUCCAGGGCAGCUGUUUACCAGCUCCAUCUGGUACGCAGGCUGAAACCCUACCUGCCCGCGGACUGUCUCGUCAGAGUGGUGCAUGCUCUAGUUAUCUCUCGCUUGGACUACUGCAAUGCGCUCUAUGUGGGGUUACCUUUGGAGGUGACCCGGAAACUACAGUUAAUCCAGAAUGCGGCAGCUAAACUGGUGACUGGGAGCAGCCGCCGAGACCAUAUAACACCGGUCUUGAAAGACCUGCAUUGGCUCCCAGUACGUUUCCAAGCACAAUUCAAAGUGUUGGUGCUGACCUUUAAAGCCCUAAACGGCCUCAGUCCAGUAUACCUGAAGGAGCAUUUCCACCCCCAUCGUUCUGCCUGGACACUGAGGUCCAGUGCCGAGGGCCUUCUGGCAGUUCCCUCGCUGUGAGAAGCCAAGUUACAGGGAACCAGGCAGAGGGCCUUCUUGGUAGUGGCACCCGCCCUGUGGAACACCCUCCCACCAGAUGUCAAAAGGAAAAACAACUACCAGACUUUUAGAGGACAUCUGAAGGCAGCCCUGUUUAGGGAAGCUUUUAAUCUUUAAGAAAUUAGUGUAUUUUAAUAUUUCUGUUGGAAGCCGCCCAGAGUGGCUAUAAACACUAUAAAAACUAUAAACACAUGCUGAAAAGGUCUUUGUGCCAGGCUUAUGCAGGCAAUAGUUAAUGGUCUCUAAUUUUAUUUUUUUUAUUUUAAAAAAACUUAGAGAUUAUAAACUUUGAUUUUUAUGAUAUAGUGACAUACUAAUAUUUCUAUAAAGAAGUACAAGUAACAUGUUGGGAACAGCACAAUGUUUAGCAUGUUACUGAACUUAAUGGGACCUGGUGGCAGCACGCACUUAAACCUUACAAAUGAAAAUCUAGUUCCCAAUGUAUUGAGAUAAUGAGAGCUGUAAGAAUACUUGCAUUCGGUACCCUUAGUAGGAAUGGUAAAUGUCAGCCUUCAUUUUAGAGGCCUCAGAGUGCGUGGAGAAGUGUAAGUCGUCCCCCCAAAAAUGGAUUAAUACGUAGCUGAGAGAAAAGGUUUCCAGACCCCCCCUCCCCCAGGAGAGACUUUUUUCUGACAGAGCUGUUAGACAGUGCAACGGACUCCCUCAGGAGGUGGAGAACUAAACUGUAUUAAAAUAAUAACUGGUUCUAAGUUCUUGCAUGGAACAAAAAAGCAAGAGCGGCUCAACUUUGGUUGAUGAAAUCCGAGGACUAGUGAUGCGGAAAGAGCUGUUCUGCAAGAGCCACCCCUUAUGUUUCCUCUGAAUUAUUUCCUGCUACCAGCUUGUCUUCCAUUCAGACCUCUCAUUAUCUCGUUAUAGUCAAAUUAAUUGCAAUGGCUGUUCUUAAAUGUUGUUGUUCCUACUUUGCAAAACCACAAGCAUCCUUCUUAAGGAACAAUCUAAGCCAUUCAUGACAACAUCCAACAGGCAUUUCAUCAGCAGGGCUCAUUUUAUCCUUUGUUUUAUUUUUUUCUUUUCUUUUUAACAGAGCCUUCCAGACUCGGAGGAAGUAAUUUGCCAGAUCAGUGUUCUUUUGCUCUUGUUUUCAUGGCUAUGCCCCCCGCCCACCUUUCCUCUCGGGCACUUCUUAUCCCUAACAUGAGACACAGGCACUAAACAAACUUGCUCUUGUUUGACUCACUUCGACUGGGUUCCCUGACCUGGAACUUGGCCAAGGCAGACUACAUAAUGUAAAGAUAUGAACCCGCGAGGCAUAAAAGCCAGGAAGUGAGCUACAAAGGCUUCCAAAAAUACAGUGGGUAUACCUUACUAAUUUGGCCUGCCUCCCAUUCCUCUAUCACACAUCCUAUGCUGUAAAGCAGUCAAUGCCCAAAGCCCCAGGCCAAUGUAUGCUGCGAUCCACACCCAGAGCUGCUGCUCAAGGCAAGAACGUGUAAACUAACAGAGCUGUUCCCCCAUUCAAACAAAUGGGGAAGCUUAAGCAUGCACAUCAUCAGGGGUCCUGUGCCCAUCAGGAAUCCUUUGACUAUGGUGCCUGUGAGAUCUCUGGUUUAGAGCUACCCUUUUUAUUUUCGUUCGUUUCCUUCUAAGACCAAGCUGAAUACCACAAAAUGCCCAUUUUCGAUUGCCCUUGGCAGAACCGUUCAAAUGCACACCUCCUCUCCUCUCCACCCCCAGUAAGGCAGCAAUUGAGAUGCUGCCUUUUCCAGUUAAGGAAUCAAUCUAUAAAUUAUUCCUGUGUCCAGAUAGCUUGAUACACAUGUCACUCACUUCACUGGAAUGCAUUGUUCUGAGGCUGGAAUUGUACGCUUAGUAUGCUUGCUUCAGUUCCAUAGAAGACUUUUGCCAAACAAUAACUCACCAUGUGCAAGAUUUAGAGAUACCAUGAAACUGCAUUUCCCCCCUGCAUAGCUAAUAGUCUGAAUUCUUAUUUGUACAUCACAGCCACGAAAGGGCUGCGCAAGUAGAAAGGGUGGUGACUUGUGCUAGCUUCCCCAUGUUUAGGGGUAACUUAGUCAGCACCAAUGGAUCCAGAAGUACCCCCAAUCUGUGUGUACCCGAUCCUUCAGAGGGAGUGUAAAUCCCAUGAAGAGCAGGCAACCUCCAAUCCAUCUGGUCUAGGGAACCACACACUAACAGUGCUUCAGUCUUAUCUAGAUUGAGCUUCAUUAUAUUGAAUGCCAUCCAGUCCAUUACCGAGGCAAGACAAUGGUCCAGCACUUCCACUCCCAUCCCAGGGAUGGAAGUUCAAACUUUCCUCUUAUUCUCUUUCCUCCCUAAACGGCCUCGGCCCAGUAUAUCCGAAGGAGCAUCUCCACCCCCAUCAUUCAGCCCAGACACUGAGGUCCAGCACUGAGGACCUUCUGGCGGUUCCCUCACUGCAAGAAGUGAGGUUACAGGGAACCAACCAGGCCUUCUCGGUAGUGGCUGGGGAAGUAGUGGCUGGGGAAACCCAGACAGGUGGGUGGGGUAUAAAUAAUAAAUUAUUAUUAUAUUAUGAUAUGACCUUUGAUUAUUGCUUCCCUGUUCUGUUGCAGGUAUGAAUUUACUGUUUUAAGACAAAAAUGAAGAAAACAAUAUAGCAAUCUUGUUUUGAUAAUUUCUUAUGUUUGUGACUUGUCUUGUGCCCUACUUUGUAGCAGAAGGAAUGUUAUCUGUAAAUGAAAUAAAUGUGUUACAUUAUAUUUUAGAUUACAUAAUGAUAAUAUCAUUAGGAAAGAUGGUACUGUUCCGUUACCUUCUGACACCUAGCACAAUGUAGGUGCUGACUGACUCUUCUUUAGAAUAAAUGUUUUCCUUUCUACUCCUGUGCAUAUGAUAUUUACUGUUCAAAAUAGUUGCUUUCAAUGAAAUGCCCUAACCUGUAAAUGAUAACCAUAGCUCCUUUAGUAAAGACAGUCACAGACAUUCUUACAUAUUUAAUCCAGCAGAGUGCAGCAGAGAUCAGGGAAUCAUAAUAUGGAAUACUUAAUUAUAUCAUGUAAUAGUGAUUGUUGUGGGGAACAGAAACAAGCUCAGUAGUUAUUUUAAUCUAAAAGUGUGCUUAAUGAUAUGGCAGCCCCAAUAUUACAUUUUAGCAGAAUAGCAGCAGUGUUGUGGCUUUUCGUGGAAAAAUAACUAUUUAAAAUUAGAAUGAUAUGCAUAUGGCAAUUUGCAUUUGGGAAAAAAUUAGUUUGCAUCAGAAAAAUUGCUGGUGCCCUAGAAUAAUUUAAUUAACUUGUUUGUUUUAAUAGAAAAAAAUUCCUUCAGUAGCACCUUUUUCUAUUUUUUUCUUUUUUUCUAUUUUGCUUCGACUCAGACCAACACGGCUACCUACCUGUAACUAGAACUAUUGUUUGUUUGACUUUGUAUUUAGUAAACAAAGCUAAAUUGUUUGAAACUGCCAAUUUUGCCUAAUAUUGUGUUUGCAGUUGGAAACCAUUCAUUGAUACUAAAGAACUUAUGAAAUCGGGAGGGAAAUAUUUUGAAAAAUAUAGCAGUAGAAAAUGUUCUGCCCCCUAUCACUUGAUAAAAUAUUUUCUUGAAAAUCCUGCUUUUUUGUUUAACUGUCUUGAAAGGUAAAAAUCCUAUUGCUCUGCAAAGAGAAAGCAGAGACUACUUUUUCUUAAAACUGUGGAAAUAAUUCAGAAUGAAAUGAUCUGAUUCAAGUAGUUUAAUGUGAACUGGUGGAUUAUUGGAGAACAUUUGGUUUUCCAUGAGACCUCUGUAACAUCCUGUCAAAAUUCUGAGGACAGAUAUGUUAAAAGCAUAGAUGAUGAAUGCAUUUGGCUCAAAAGUAGUCAACAAACAGUGGUUUCUUGAUUCCAGAGUGAAAAGCAAACUAUGGUACUUAAAAAACCAUCUGACCUAGGCUUGAAGACCCUAUCUAGAACUUGAAAUGUGUGUUACUUAGAUCAGUUUACAUAUCUUACUGACAGAAGAAAGGAGGGCAUGGAAAAUUUAUGACAGGAAAGACUUGGCGUGUCAGAGUUUUGAAAGCACAGAUCAACAAACUUGCUCGUACAUGUUUGUGUGUUCUUUCCCCCUCUCAACUUCUGGUGAAUUGUUGCUCCAGAGACUGAUUUUACAGAUUUAAACCUUUUCAAUAAGCUAUGACAAGGUAAGAGCCUAAGUGACCUCAGGUGAAAGAGACCGGUUACUGCUGGGAGAUAUAUUUGUUCAAUAAAUCAUCAUUUCAACAGCCAGGUUGCUUUAACUUUGCCAGCCCUUACAUCACCUGUUAAGAAUGCUGCCUUGGCUGCGGAAAGUCAUGUUUGAGAGAAAUUCAAAAUGCUGGGGCUGUCCUUUUCUUCCUGUCCGUUUCAGCAUACAGUGUAUUAUUUAAGGCCUGGAGUAAGAAGCCAUAACAGGAUGCAGAGAAGCUCAUUUAGGAGUGCUGCUAGGCAGCAGCACCUUAAAGCAUUCCACCGUAAAGUCAUUAGGGGACCACAUUUCGCUUACAGUUUGCAUGAUGCUUCUCUCUGUGUGUCAUUUGAGCUCUCUGUGUUUCUCUUAAACGAGAACCAACUGGGGAGAAAGCCACAGCACCGGGAUGAAGAAGAGAAAAUCUCCAACAUUGCUUUGGAAAUUUCACAAUCAAAAGCACAUUUUAGAAGCCCAGCCACUGACAGUGUGAACUAAAAUAGGAAACAUAUGACAUAGGGAACAUGACAGCUCAAAAGAGAAAGUUGAACGUUGUGACUAUUUCAUUAUUUGUCUUCAAACAGUCUAGAGCAGCCUCCUCCAAUAGAAGGCCUUUCAGAUGGUGUGGUUUACAACCCUCACCAACCCCAGCCAGC